AUGGCUCAAGCGCCGCCCUUCACCCCCGACAGCGAGUUUGCCGCCCUCGAGACGCCCCGCGUCCCGACGGGCAGCCUCUCCAUCACGGCGUUAGCUCGCUUCGAAUUCGAGGCCGGAAAGGCCAAUGAGGGAACCAAGAUCUUGAUGAUUGAAUGGGAGGACGAUGAUCUGACCCGAUCCUCCGCGGGCGGCGCCUGGCAUGUCUCCUGGGAAGGCAAGCAGGCCGUGCUGCCCGCCGACGAACGAACCAACGACCACACCCGUCGCGUAUACUUCCUCCUCCCACCGCAUGUCACCAUCCCUCCGGUCGUCACCUUAUCGUAUGAACCCCCGACCACGGAGUCGGCGGCCAAAAAACACUCCCUGCAGCUGAACCCCCUGCCGGCCAUCUUCCCGCCCGAAUUGGGCGCCGACGGGCGGUCCGCCGGCAAGAAGGGUGUCCUGCACACGAUCUGGGGGAAGAAACGAUUGCAGUCUCUGGACAAGGAGAUUCGGGAGGAAUGUCUCACCAACGCGGAGGGGAUUGCCCUGCACAUGGCGCUGCAGGAGAAGGAAUGGAUUGAGACGAAUUUCGGGGUCGGGUCGAAUGCCGAGUCACAGAGGAACUCGAUCCAGAGUAAUCCUGACCCGCGCUACCCCAUGGGCCCGACCACGCCCGUCUCGCCCAGUACUGGAGGCAAACUGGGCGAAAAGCUCAAGGGACUGCGGUUACAGACGGGCCAGCGCGAGCUCUCUCCCAAGUCGGACGGUAGGUUGCCGUCCUGUUUCCAUGCACCCGUUACAGUUUCACUAACACAGCCAGGAACAACAGCGGCCACGCACCAUCUACUCUCCCCCAUGUCCCCCGACGUCGCCGUGUCGUCCUUCACCUCUUUCCAUAACAUCCAGCAGCCGACGCCGAGGUCCGAUGCGCCAGAACCCGUCCGGACGGUGGCGCAUUACCCGCCGGAGUCGAUCCAAGCGCAGCAGAGCCGCGACGACAACAACAACGGCUUCGCGUCGAUGAGCACGGUGGCGCGCACGUCCAGCGCCGACUCGGGUGAGGACCUCUUCGCCAAGGCGCUGAGUCCGCGAUCGCCCGACCUCCCCCGGAGUCCGUUUUCCUUUGCGCCGGAGCGGGUGAUGUAG